AUGGCACUAGUACUCGCAGUCACUGCAGCGCUUCUAUCUGUCACUGCCGUUGAGGUCUCCGUAGGUGGCGAGAGCCGGAAGAGUGGAACGACACCUGAACCUGUUAUCGAGGAGCUUGCUGAAGGAAGACAAGCAGAACCUAUAAGUGUCCACGUCGAUGGAAGCGGAAAUCAGGUCCAGCUCAACUUCCGCAAGAUUACAAUUCCACCGAAGGGCAGCACCGGCCCACACUGUCAUUACGGACAGCUCCUCGGCGUGGUGCAGAAGGGAACACUUACGCUCUACGCCCCUAUUUUUUCCGAAGGAGUUCACAAAUACAAGGCUGGUGAAUCUGUGACGGAGGGAAGAGGAUACGUGCAUGAAGGACAUAAUGAGAGUGACACUGAGGAUGUUGUGCUCUGGGUAACCUAUAUCACUCCUGAGGGGAAGCCUCUCGCGGAGGCUGAUCUUUCCAAGUGCAACUAG